AGCUCUAAAUUGAAUCAUUUAUACAAUUAUCUCAAUAUUGAGUAUUAUAGCACAAUUGAUAUUUCAUGAAUUUUCCUUGGUGGCAAGAAUAGAGCAGAGAUAUUGGCAAGUCUCAUGAAAGGAUGGGAAAUAAAAGUAGUUGCUGUGUUUAUUCUAGUCCCCAAGUUGGACGCAAGGAACUAGGAUCUGAAGAUGUUACUCGAGGUCUCGAGGAACAUUUACCCGAGGGUGGAAUUAGCAUUAAUAAUUUACAACACAUUAGUGAACGUGAACCAGAAGAUUGGGAUUCAGAUCCUUCGUUGCAUCCAUGUGCUGGUACUAUUUUUAUGGAAAGAUCCAAGCAAGCAAUCGAAAGUGGCAUGGUAAGGAAAAAAAGUCAGCAUCAAAUUGCAGACACAAGGCCUUUAAAAAAGAGUAGCAGUUGCAGUACAAUAUAUUUAGAUGACAGUACUGUCUCUCAACCUAAUCUUAAAAAUACUGUGAAAUGUGUUGCCUUAGCCGUUUACUAUCACAUUAAAAACAGAACCUCACAACGACAAAUCGAUAUAUUUGAUGAGAAGCUACAUCCAUUAACAAGGGAAGGCGUUACAGAUGAUUAUGAUAAAUAUAACCCAGAACACAAACAAAUAUACAAAUUUGUGAGGACAUUGUUUAACGCUGCUCAACUGACUGCUGAAUGUGCCAUUAUAACGUUAGUUUAUCUGGAACGUCUACUUACGUAUGCAGAAAUAGAUAUAACGCCAGCUAAUUGGAAGCGAAUAGUACUUGGAGCUGUAUUAUUAGCGUCGAAAGUUUGGGACGAUCAGGCAGUAUGGAAUAUAGAUUAUUGUCAAAUUCUCAAAGAUAUUACAGUAGAAGAUAUGAAUGAAUUAGAAAGACAAUUUUUGGAGAUGCUACAAUUCAAUAUAAAUGUUCCUUCAAGCGUGUACGCUAAAUAUUAUUUUGACCUCCGUACACUCGCAGAAGCAAACGAGUUAACAUUCCCUAGCGAACCGCUCAGCAAAGAAAAAGCUCAGAAAUUGGAAGCGAUGUCCAGAGUUUACGAAGACAGAGUCACUGCUGAAGCUUUACGUACUGGUAAUAAGAAAUGGUCAAGUUUAGAUAAUAUAUGCAUAGGUGGACCUAGACGUAGUAUUGCUAUUUUAUCCUAAACUCUGGAUAUAAGUGAGUACAUUACUUAUGUCUGUACCUUCUGAAUUAAGGUAUGUGAGUGAAAAAGAUUUUGCAAACCUACUAUAGCAUAGUAUCAAUCAAUUUCGAAAGUUUC